UGAAUUGGAAGAACUAUUUAUUAAUUAAACUGUAAUGUCCACGUGAAUAUAAUGUGCUAUUAUAAUAUAUCUGUAAAUAUUAGACAUUAAGCAUAAAUGAAUCGACGAAUUAAUUUCAUGGGAUACAGAUUAUCCGGUUCAAAAUGUCUAGGUAUAUGCUUAUUGUUGACUUUUCUAAUGGGAUGUUAUUUAGCGGCUUUACCUAUUCGAUACGAAAAAGAGGCCCUACCUAACCCCGUCCGACAACGAAUAACAUCGCUAGAAACGAAAACAAAGCGUCUUGCAGUGCUCGUCCCUUUCCGAGACCGCUUUGAAGAGCUCUUAGAAUUCGUGCCUCACAUGUACAGCUUCUUAAACCGCCAAAAAAUACCAUUUCACAUAUUCAUAGUUCAGCAAAAAGACAACAAUCGAUUUAAUAGAGCUUCCUUAAUAAAUGUUGGGUUUAUUUACUCCAAGAAGGACUAUGACUACAUAGCAAUGCAUGAUGUGGACUUAUUGCCAAUGAAUGAUAAUUUAAAGUAUGACUAUCCUGCAACGGGACCAAUGCAUAUCUCAUCUCCAAAAACGCAUCCUAAAUAUCACUAUGAUACAUUUAUCGGAGGCAUUUUGUUAGUGACUAGAGAACAGUAUGAGUUAGUCAAUGGGAUGUCUAACAACUACUGGGGAUGGGGAUUGGAGGAUGAUGAGUUUUAUGUGAGAUUAAAAGAUGCAAACUUAACUGUGAUGAGGCCAAGCAAUAUUACUACUGGGAUAGACAAUACUUUUAGACAUAUCCAUGACAAAACAUACCGAAAACGCGACAUGCGGAAAUGUUACAACCAGCGCGAGGUAACCCGUCGCCGCGAUCGCCAAACGGGCAUUCAUGACGUGCUAUACAAGUUGCACAACACACACACGGUGGCCGUCGACGGGUUAAACGUCACAGUUUUAAAUGUGGAACUCAUUUGUGAUAAAAGCAGAACUCCUUGGUGUCAGUGCCCAGAACCUGUAAAGGCAGCUAAGAAAACUUAAAUUUAGAAUUGGAAAGAAAAAUUGUUGAUUUUUUUCUAUAAUAUAGACAAAGAAUACUCUACAUUCAUUUUUUUUAAAAA